UAUACGGGUCCGUCUAAUCUACAGUGAUUUCUUUAUAUGUUCUAACAUUAGCUACUACUAAUAGUAUUGAAAUAGAGGGAAUAAAAUAAAAACAUAAGAAGCACAUUAAGGAAUAAAUAUCCAUUCUCAACGGGAACCUGGGUAUUAUUUGGACGUCCACUCUUUUUCGACAAAUCAUCUUUCCAUUGUGAUCCCAUAGUUUGGGAAUGGGAAAUGAUGGAGGAUAAAGGGCCUCGUGUAGCCGACUACUUUGUGGUUGCUGGCCUCACAGAUUCAACCAAGCCUCUGGAAGAGGAUCUACACUUUGAUGAUGCUGGUCCCAAGUCUGUUAAACCCAAAGCCCCCAUCACUGAUGUCGCUGUGGUGAUCCGGUCCCUUGGUGAAGAGGUGCCCCCAGGAUUCACCUGUGUGGAAAGCACCCCUUCGGGCCUCUCUGCUGAGCUGAAUGGUGGCAGCCUGAGGGGCCCACAGAUCUUCUUGUGCUUCAAGAGAGGCAGAGAUAAGCCUCCACUGACAGAUCUUGGGGUCCUAUAUGAGUGGAAAGAAAAGCUGAAGCCUGGAUGCCACAUUGUCCAGACCACACCCUCAGGUCGCCCUGCCAACAUCAGCAGCUCAUCCUCCCAGCGCAUCUACAUCACCUACCGCCGGGCCCCAAAGAGUCAGCCUCACACUUCAUUGGCUGUCACUGAUGUCUGUGUCAUAAUUCCUGGCAAGGGGGAGACCCCCCCUCAUACCUUCUGCAAAGUGGACAAGAACCUCAACAGUAGCAUGUGGGGAUCCUCAGUUUACCUUUGUUAUAAGAAAUCUGUGGCUAAAGCAAAUGCAAUUGCAUACAAAGCAGGUCUAUUGUGUAGGUACCCCGAAGAGGACUAUGAGUCCUUCCCACUGCCUGAGUCAGUGCCUAUGUUCUGUCUUCCCAUGGGGGCUAUGAUUGAAUGCUGGCCACAACACACCAAACAUUCCUUGCCUGUUUUUUCUACAUUUGUACUGACAGGGGCCUCUGGAGAAAAGGUCUAUGGAGCAGCUAUCCAGUUCUAUGAGCCUUACUCUGAGGAGAACCUGUCUGAGCGUCAGCGCUCACAGCUUGGCUUGCCAAGCUCUGAUUUUGGACCUGAUGCGACCAGAAAUGUUUACAGCAACAAGAGCAUCUGCUUACUUUCUCAUUGGCCCUUCUUCCAGUCCUUCAGGAGCUUUCUCACUUUCCUCUACAGAUAUUCAAUCUCUGGACCACAUGCACUACCUAUUGAAAAGCACAUCUCUCACUUCAUGCAGAAUGUGCCAUUUCCCUCCACUCAGAGACCACGCAUCCUUGUGCAGCUGUCUCCACACGACAGCCUGAUACUGAGCCAACCUGUGUCCUCCCCGCUGCCUCUUAGUGGUGGGAGCCUCUCCACAUUACUGCUGAAUCUGGGCCCAAAAAAUGCGGCCACUCUGCUUGUAUUGGCCGUCACUGAACACAAGAUCCUGGUUCAUUCCUUGCGUCCAGCUGUGCUCACCAGUGUUACGGAGGCUCUCGUGUCUAUGAUUUUUCCCUUUCACUGGCCAUGUCCUUACAUCCCUUUGUGCCCGUUGGCUCUAGCUGAUGUGCUCAGUGCACCAUGUCCUUUUAUUGUGGGACUGGACUCCAGAUACUUUGACCUUUAUGUGCCCCCAGCUGAUAUCAGCUGUGUGGAUCUAGACACAAACAUCAUCUCCCAGAAAGAGGACAAGAAGGCUUUAACAUGGAAAAUCUUGCCCAGGAGGGCUUGCAAACAUCUUCUGAAUACUCUGAAUAAGCUCUAUCAGCAGCUCACAGAAGGGGGUCAUUUGAACCGUGAUGAUGUGCAGAUGGACCACACAAUGACUGACAGUGAACUUUAUGGUGGAAAAAGCCUUCACACUCUAGAGUUAGAGAUCCAGGAAGCCUUCCUUCGUUUCAUGGCAGCCAUUUUACGAGGCUACCGCUCCUACCUGCAGCCCAUUACCCAAGCUCCAUCUGAGAAGACUACUGAUGCCAGCUCACUUUUUGACCAUCAAGGUUUCCUGAAGAGCAGAGACCGCUCCCAUCAGAGAUUUUACACCCUCAUGACCAAGACUCAAAUGUUCAGCCGUUUCAUAGAAGAGUGUUCUUUUGUCAGUGAUAAAGAUGCCAGCCUGGCUUUCUUUGAUGAGUGUGUUGAAAAGUUAUUCACCACUGGGAGCAAGAUGGACAGUGACCGGCCAGAGGACACCAGACUUAUUGAGUUGGAUGAAUCCCAUCGCAGUGAGCACACUGUCUAUAUCAACCCUCCAGAGCUGCCUCCUCUACCUCAAGGAGAAGAGCAUCCUCUCUGCUAUAGCUACUCUGGUUUCCCUGUGCUGAAUGCUGAGCUCCUGGAGCCACUGGAGAUACAAAAUCUGUCAUUGGCAAGCAUUGCCUCACGUCACAGCAACCCAGCCAGCCCCACAGCCAUCUUUAGACGCUCUAAACAGGAGAUCAAAUCAGCUCAGAAGAUGGCCAAAACAUACUCAUCUAUGCCACAGAUGUGGUCCAAGUGUCUGCUGCGCCACUGCUUUGGCCUGUGGUUUAUCUGCCUGCCAGGGUUUGUGGGCAGCUGCCACUCCAAGGUGCGAGCUUUGCGCACAGCUUAUGAUGUACUGAGGAAGAUGCAAGACAAGAAGCUGCAUGCUCCAGAUGAGGUGUGUUACCGUGUGCUGCUGCAGUUGUGUGGCCAGUAUAGCCAGCCCGUAUUGGCAGUAAGGGUGUUGUUUGAAAUGAAGAAAGCUGGAGUUCAGCCCAAUGCCAUUACUUAUGGGUACUACAAUAAGGCAGUGUUGGAGAGCACUUGGCCCUCCACCACCAGAGGAGGCUACUUUCUGUGGGGAAAGCUAAGGAACGUGAUCCUAGGUGUGGUCCAGUUCAAGCAAGCUGGGAGAAAACAACAGACACAUAGAGACGCCCAGCUUUCAGACGGCAGUGAUCUCGACACAGUUAGUCAUGGCAGUUUGGACAGUGCUAACGACUCUGUCGAACGCACUUCCAUUGACACCGACUUCACUAAAAUGGACUCCAGUGAUGAUGGAUUUAGCACAGGUGGGCAGUCUGACCAAGGUUAUGAUUCCUUGUCCAAAGAGGAGGAGAGGUUGUGCAGCAGGGAAAGUGACAACACGCCACCAGUGGAAGACAAAGGGCUGAGGCAGUCCAGCAGUGGAAGCAGGGUGGUUUCCAGUCCAUUUACUGACAUGCCUUCAUGUGGAGUUUUGCCAAAGACAGAGCGGCCCAAAUCUUUAGACUUGUCUGGUGGACAGGGAUUUGUGAGGCUCAAUGUCCCUUUUCUCAGCUCAGCCAAGCAUCAUCAUCACCCCACCACUGACAGACUGCAUGGAGUGGAGGAAGAGGAUACAGAGACUGAUAAACAGAAACCUUUGGUGGAGAGGAGUGCCAGCUGCAGUGCUGGAACAGUAAGAAGGACAGACGUCGAGACAGGGCUUGAUCCCCUGUCACAGAUGGCUGCAGAAAAAGAAUGUGACAACAGCAGCACACCCAACACCAACAGAAAUCUCAUAGAGGAGAUUGAGAUGUACACGAACGGAAACAGUCCUCUGAGCAGCCGCACACCCAGUAUGGACCUACAGAACCCUUCAAGCCCAUUGUUUUGUUCCAGCUCAUCUGCUCACACUUCUCCUCAGUCCUCCGUCAUGGUCCGUUCCAAUACUCACCUCUCGCUACCUGUCAGAGCCAGGGAGAGGCUAAGACCAUCGCCAUCUCUUCCUCUUGGUAUGUGUAGCAAAGACAGGGAGAGGCCUUCCUCUCUGGUUUCACCAUCAUCUCCUACUCCUUCCACCUCAUCGUUCUCUAUGGAUUCACUGUUGACCCCAACUCUUGACAUCUUCAAAAGCAGUGUAAUAUCAGCAGGGAAGGGUGUGGCUGAGAAGGCUAGUCGCCUCUACUCACGCUUAUCUUCUCAGACUUCAUUAACACAGGACGCAAACUGUGACCGUAUGAGUGUUUCAUCCCUGACCUCAGCAGAGGCAGAAUGUUCCUCACUGCUCGAUAAUGACUCCUGUCUAGACCCAGAUGGAUUUACUUCCCCCCAGCAUGGGAGUGUGUCCCGGCUCAGGAGGAGCCCUGUUGGGGCUUACCAUACUAACCUUGGCAGCCCCAGCAGCCCAAACAGAGUGUUCAGACACAACUCCUUCUCUGGUGGUUUGGCACUUCCAUCAAAAGCUCCUCACACUCCAGAUUCCUCCCCUGAUGUCAGCCGCUUCCAACCCACCCUUAAUUACACUAUAGAGGUGCUGAUGUCUAGCUGCUCACUUUGUAAGACUUGUGACUGUCUGGUGUAUGAUGAGGAGAUCAUGUCAGGCUGGACAGCAAAUGACUCUAACUUAAACAGCACUUGUCCUUUCUGUGGCACCGCCUUCUUGCCUUUCCUCAAUGUAGAAAUCAAAGAUCUGAGACCACAAAACAGCAGGUCCUCUAUGAGAAGUAAUCCAGUUAAAGAGGAGGACAUGUCGGCACCACUCAGUCCUGAGGCCAAAAUGUCUGCAGCAGACUGUCUGCAGACGUUGCCAUCUGCAGGUCCCCCGCAGAAGCUGGAGAACAGUGGAGGUACUGGGAUGACUGCACCAGCUUCUGCUGCAGUAUCUUCCACUGAUCACGUAACAGUGCCCUACCUGAGCCCUCUAGUUCUGUGGAAGGAGCUGGAGAGCCUGCUGGUGAACGAGGGUGACCAAGCCAUUUCCAACCCAAGUGUUGUCGACCAACACCCCAUCGUUUUCUGGAACCUUGUUUGGUACUUCAAAAGGCUGGAGCUACCAAGUAACCUGCCUGCGCUUAUUCUGGCUUCUCAACACUGUAGCAAUGAAGACCAGACCUCUCACAUCAUUUCAUCUGAGGACAGUAAGCAGGUGCUUGUGAGGAUUAUGUGGGACAACUUAAAGUUGCACCAGGACAAAGUUCAACCCUGCUACGUCCUGUGGAACACACACUGUGCCAACUCCUUGAUCCGCUCAGGGCUGUGUGAAGAAGGCCAGCUUUUCACAGUGGAGCUACUGCAAGGCUUUGUGAGGAGCAUUAAAAAGAGUGACGUCUAUCAACCAAUGAGCCAGAUCAUCCAGCUGUUAGGGCCUGAGUUAGGUUUUAAGAGACAAAGGAGCCUUUACAGAGACUUAUUGUUCCUUACUCUGGUCGCUUUGGGAAAGAACAACAUAAAUAUCAAUGCUUUUGACCGGGAGUACAGGUUGGCCUAUGACCGCCUCACCCCCAACCAGGUUAAACUGACACACAACUGUGACCGGCCCCCCGGAGCAGGGGUCAUGGAGUGCAGGAGAACUUUUGGAGAACCUAGUUUGUGAACUGUUGUCUUUUUAAUUUACCCUUCAAGCCACAGUCACUGCUGCUGUUAUGUGGGACUGCUCUUCAGACUCAGGACCAGCUCACCUGACUUGGACAUGAAGCUCUUAUGAAGCACAAUGGGAAAAUUCCACUAUAAUGUAAAGCAACUGCCACAAGUUUCUAGCACUGUCAGAGCUGAGAGGUAUGACGUGACGGGCCUUGUUCUUGUAAAUAAUUAGAAAAUCUAUCAUAUUUUCAGUACACCUGUAGUAAAAUGUUUGUACAGUUAUUAUACAGAAUAUUUUAUGAUUUUAUUUCUGUUGAAGCAGUGAAUAAGUAUGUAAAAGGUACAUGUAUGAUCACAUUGUUGGAUUUCCUCAUUGGUCCAGGUGACCUUGUUCAGACUGUUGUUACGUGUGUGUGUGUGUGUGUGUGUGUGUGUGUGUGUUUGUAUAAUAUGUACUUACUUUUAGGGUUUUUGUUUUUUUCAAAAAGCACUUUGAUAGGAUGAGCUCUUUAUUCUGAGGUUACAUAACUCAGUGGCCCAGGAGUCAUAUUUUAUUUGGCAAUUGCAGGAGUUACUGUCUCUGUCUGAUAAUCCAGCUACAUCCAUUUAACAAAAGUAAAUGCUUUUCUGCUAAUGUGCACCCAGUUAACCUGAUAUGACCCUGCUCACAUACCUGAACACAUUGAAGUAGAUGGUCACAGAUUAUAAAACAUUAUACUGGUUCUAGACCAAAAAGGGACCACUCAAUAAAUAUAUAUUUAUAUGCACAGUGUUUAUUUGUUUACCCUUUUUUCCACAAUGUAUCAAAAAAGCCCAAACAGGAAUAAUGUUUGUGAUUUAUUUACAGAUUUUUAAGUAAUAGCCCUUAAAGUUAGGAUUCAGUUAUUUAUAUAUUAUAUGUGACCACCAAGAACACCCUGUAAAAACAGUACAAUCAAACUAAUAGUGGAAAAAUGUUUUCUUUUGUUCUGCCAACAUUUCUUUGUGAUAAAGAAUUAACUGACAUGUUGAUGCAUCCUGAAAAAUGUACAGCAUAUUUGGUUAUUGUAUUUUGUAUACUUUGUUUUUGGUCUUCACCGUGUGGUGUAGCUGUCAGUUUUAGAUAUUUGGACAACUGUGUACUGUUGAAUAUAACUUACAAAGAGAGAGAGAGAGAGAGAGAGAGAGAGAACAUUUUAACCACUUACUGUAAAUGGCUGCCUUUUUUAAAACAGAUAUCAGUGCAGGUUUCUUUGCACUGUGGUUAAUAAAAUAAAUGUCAAAGCUCUGCCUGCCCAAAUUUAAUAUCACUUAAAAACAAGUGUCACGGUUUUGUGUCUUGAUAUUGUCGUUUACUAAAAUCUGCCUAGAUUACAUUUAUAUUGUCCUGAUUACUGGAAUUCACAAUCAUUUGUAUUGAUGAAAUGCUGGAUUAGUUAAGGCUGUGUGCUUGGAAGUAAACACCAAUCUCACAGCAUGUAAAUCUGCAAUUUACCCACUUUGUAACAAGUGUGUGAAAACCACUGGUAACCAAAACAUGAUUUUAUGUCUGUGUUGUUUACACUAACUGUCAAUUUGAACAAUGUUUCUGAUGUAUUGUUUAUCAUUUGUAACACAGAUACAGAUUUGUAUGAUUUUUACAUAAAAAAGAAGUCAAAUUUCCCUGGCUGGAUCUAUAAUUUUCUUGCAUUUAAUGAAUAAACACACUUAUCCUA